UUGAUUUUUACGUUAUAACGGCAUAUGUAAUAAGUUUUUACACAUAAAAAUUACUGACCUAUAUCAUUUCAAAUAGUUUUUUGGACCCUUUCCAAUACCUGGCUAACAAGUAGUGUUUCUCUUAGACAUUAACCGAAAUAGAUUGGCACAUGAAUUCUGUGUCAAUAUACAUAUUUCAAAAUACACCUAUAUUAAUGGCUUCACGUAGAAAUCGAAAUAGAUUCGAGGAGGAAUUAUUCUUGGAAGUGGACAGACACUAUUUUAAUUAUGAUAUAGGCAUUAAUGAAGACCCAUUAUUAGCGUACGGCGUUUUAAGAGCACUUAUAGAAGAAGAUUAUGAUAAAGUCAAAUCCUUAGUAAGAAGGGGAAAAUCAGUGAAUGUAAAUGAUAGCUCUGGAAAUACACCUUUACAUAUAGCUGUUCUGAAAGAUAACAUAGAAGUCUUGGCGUUUUUGUUGGACCAGCCAUCAAUAGAAAUUAAUAAUCGAAACUUCAGUGGAGAAACUCCUUUAUUCCUAGCCAUUAAAUUUGAAACAAUAAAAAUUGCUGAAAAAUUAAUUCACUGUGGUGCUAAUGUUAACAUACCUAAUUACGAACAAGUAACACCACUACAUCUGUCAGUGAUCUAUCCAAGAUUAGCUCAUUUACUUAUCAAGAACGGAGCAUUUUUGGACGCAACAGAUUAUAGUGGUGAUACUCCCUUACAUGAUGCAGUAGCAGAGGAAAUCUUGGAGACAGUGUGCAUGCUACUUUACUACAAUGCUGACGCUAAUGUUCGUGGUGUGAACGGUCUGACACCAUUUAUGAAAGCGAUAAUUACCAAGAAUGUGGAAAUACAGGCGGUUUUAAUUGAUUAUGUAGAUAACUUUAACAUAGAAACAUAUGAUAAUGUUGCUACAUUAGCAUUAGCGAUAACGAAUAGGACUCCUUUUGUGGAAGAAAUUAUUCUUGGAGGGGCUGAUGUUAAUUACGCUUAUGGAUAUGAUAUAAUAGAUCCAUUUUCCUUAUGCUUGCAAUUUCCAAAUGUAAAAACAUUUAAACUAGUGUGGGAUAGAAUAAAAUACGACGGGGACGAUAUGUCCCUUGGUAGUGUUCUAUGGAGGAUUAGUGGUACAUUACGUAAAGACAUGUUCAAACAGUAUGUAGAUGUUAUUAUUGAAAGUGAUAAUUUGUAUCAAGUUGUUGAGUCUUUAAAUAAUGCUGAGGACUUUUAUAUGGUCAUUGUUAGGUUCUGCGAUUUCUUUCAUCAACUCUCUAUAGAACAGUUGAGCCAGCUAACUUGUAGACUGCUUACUUAUGGCUAUAUUGUAACUAGCUUCGAUAUGAGCAAAGUGUUUUUGCAUUAUGGGUAUUGUGAACUGUUUAAAAUAAUGUUGCACAUGGACAUCAAGUUUAUUGGAAGAAGACCGCCAGAUACUUCUCGAAUUAUAUACGAUUUAAAUUACAAAAUGAAUGACUUGCUUGAUCAACUAGUAAAUGUUAUAAAUAUAGAAUACUUACAUAAUACAAUUUACCAAAUUUUAGACUAUUGUAUCUAUCCAAAACUGUUAUUUGGAUAUUUGAAUCUAGAUAGAGACGACUACGUGACAUUUAAAAUGCUUCACCUUCCUAAAAUUCCUUCUUUAUUAGAGUUAGCAAGAAAUAAGUCGAGAGAAUAUAUCAUCAAUAGAUUUUCCAUAAAAUCGUCAAGGCAUUUCUAUACUAUAAUAAAUCAUUUGGACAUUAAUAAGGUCUAUAAAACUAUUUUAACUUUUGAAAAGAAAUUAUAUUUUCCGAGUUAUGUAUAUUCACCUAAAAAAUAUAAUAAAUGUAAAUAAAUUAUAAUUAAUAAAUAAAUAUAUUAUUAA